AUGAGAGGGAAAUACUUUCUCCUCGGCUUCUUGUUGCUCAAACUUAUGGCUCUCGUGUGCAAGGCUGACGGGGAGCCGGGACUGCUCGGGGGAUUCGUAAUGAUCGCCACCUCCAACGGCUCCAGGGAGGAGGAGAGCGUGUCCGAGGAGACCCCGCACACGGAGGACAGGUGUCGGGGUUACUACGACGUGAUGGGCCAGUGGGACCCGCCGUUCAUCUGCAAGACGGGCAACUAUCUGUACUGCUGCGGCACCUGUGGCUUCCGCUUCUGCUGCUCCUACAAGCACUCGCGGCUGGACCAGAGCACCUGUAAAAAUUAUGACACUCCGAUGUGGAUGAAGACCGGACAGACGCCCUACAAAAAAAUGAACAAGAUACAGGACAGCACCAAAGACAAGACGAACCUAAUUGUUUACAUCAUAUGUGGAGUAGUGGCCAUCAUGGCCCUCGUGGGGAUUUUCACCAAAUUGGGUCUGGAGAAGGCGCACCGGCCUCAGAGAGAGAACAUGUCCAGGGCCGUCGCCAGUGUGCUGCAGGGCGGGUGUCCAGGUGAGCAGUAUCGCGGGGAGGAGGCCCUAGGGAUGCAUUCGCAGCACUAUGUUUCCAGGCCCACAAACCUCCAGGGUGGCCAGAUCAACAACAACGUGGGACCGGGCUCCAACAUGGGCCAGCAGCACCCUUACCCUGCCCUCGGCCAGCUGGCUCAUGUCUACGAACAGCAGCAGCAGCAGCAGCAGCAGCAGCAGCAGCAGCACCAGCAGCUGCAGCAGCAGCAGCAAAACAAGGACCUUAACAAGUACGCCUCCCUGAAGGCUGUGGCUGCCAAGUACAACGGUGAAGUCUACAACAAGCGUCGGCUUAUGGUGGAGCUGCCGACGAAGGGCGGGCUUCCUCUACAGCCGAUGGGCAACUCCAGACCCUCCAUGGGCAACAUGUCAUCAAUGACUCCUCCGAUGACUACCAACCCCAUGGCCUCGAACCAAAUGGCCUCCAAUCCCAUGAACCCCACCAUCACACAGAUGACCUCUAUGACCCCGAUGACAUCUAUGAUGCCCAUGACCUCGAUGACACCCAUGACGUCCCUCGUCCAGAUGACCUCCAUGACCCCUAUGACCUCCAUUACCCCUAUGACCUCCCUGGGUCCACUGACUCCGGAGCCAGUGGCCACCUAUGUCACUGAGAUGCCCAGCAUCUCUUCCAUCUCAACCCUCCCCACAGAACGGCACAUGGCCGGUAUCGGGGGACUCAAGUUGAAUGGCCAUAAACUCAAAGGCAGCCAUGGUCACGUGGGCCACAGCUCUCACAGCUCUCACAUCUCUCACAGCUCUCACACUCACAGUCAUGGUCACAGCCACAGUAGCAAGCCGCCAGGACUUGGGGCAACCUCCAUGGCACACAUGGCAGGGACCAUGCCAGGUGGCAUGUCCCUGGGUAUCUCCAGAGCCGCAGAGACAGCCAUUGGCUCGAGCUCAGCGACAAUGGGUCGCCCAAUGGCGUACAGUUCCAACACAAUCGCGGCUGGGCAUUCGAUGGGGCUGGGGCUGAAGGCCUGGGACGGGACUGAGACGGUGGGCCGGAGGAAGACCUACGGGCACAAGAGACCUCAGUGUACCGUGCUUGAGCCCAACCAGCUUCACAGCACCAGAGGCCAAAGCCACAGCCAACACUUCCUCCCCACACAGCCCUACUUUGUGACCAACAGCAAGACAGAGGUGACUGUGUGAGAGAGGAAGACCGGGAGAAAGAGAGGGGGAAAGGAUGCAUGUGGAGUGAUGGCACAAGUAAUCACUGAGUGGAGACACCAACCCCCGCGUUGGUCAACAGUGCAGAUCUAUGUGUGUGUUUGUGGCUCGUUGGUAUACUGGUGAAUGUGGUGGGACAGUGUUUCAGAGUGGUCCUCGUUUCACAAACGGAGUUCACCGAUCAAAUCACCAAACAGACGUUUGUUGCCAAGAGGAUGGCGUCCCAGUUGGGGGCAUCUGUAACCAUGACUUCAAAGAGCCUACAGAGCAGGGCCGUGUGUACACUUGUGGUGAUAUUAGAGUGUUGUCUCACAGCUAAUAUCUACUUUGUAAUGAAAACAACAAUCUGAGCAUUACAGUACAACACGC